AGCAUACAGAGGAUUGGGCACUGAGACAUGUUCGAUACGUCACUCUGUGGGACAGGCGAGCUGAGCUAGUUGUGACUGGGACACCGACAUUUGUCCCAUCUGUUUCAGGAGACUACAUGGGAUGGUAUUACAGCAUCACUCGUUUGUUUGUGUCUCCUUCGUUCAGACUCCCUACUCAUCAUUAUCAGCCUAGCUCCUUGCCUUUACAUCUUACGACACGAGCUUUGCAGCGCAUACAUCAGUGGGCUACUGCCACAAUGAGUGAUACUCAUGAUGUGGACAUGUAUGGACAUGCUCUGACAGGCAUUGCCUCCUUGUGUUCAAAUGUGUUGGGGCGAGUCGACUACGGCCAUCUUAUACAAAUGCCCCCAUGGCCCCAUCUCAGAUUCUCAGGAGAUGUCAUCGACGUCUACUGCAGCAACGGCUUCAUCAUCGCAGACGCAGCAUGAGAGAGUGGUUCUUCAACCACGACAACUACGUAGGCGUAGACAUGAGCAACAACAUCUCCAUGACCAAGAAGACCAAGAUGACUAUGAGAACUUGUAGUUUGUCUUUUGUAUUGCAGUUUUUCUUGUACAGUAGAUGUUGUAGGAACAAUUUACAACAUUUUACGUAUUUUCUCUUGUAAACUCUGUUAUGUUGUCUUGAAGUGUUCGAG